AUGUCCAAUGUGUGGCUAUACAUGCCACAAUGCACUUCCAUCCUUCGCCUCAUACAACUCGCUAGCGAACCGCAUCUGUUUGUCACUUUUACUGGGGCAGAAUUCAUUCUCAUUGGUUACCUGGCCGACUACGACCACAUCUACCCCAUCUAUUGUGACAGAAUAUUUGAGGAUGAUCAGCCUUGGAUUCAUGCACUUCUACAAGUUGGAACGCUAGUUGUCCCCGGCAAGGGGGAUAUCAACUAUAUCCACAAUUUAUUUGCAAUAACGGUGGAGAGUGGUGCCUAUGUCCGGUCAAUCAAUUCUACCUGUUGUAGACCAGGUGUCAAAGGUUUAGCUCUCCCUUCGUGGUUGCUUCCAGAGUUGAACGGAUCAGUACAAUUCCAUCAUGCUCCAUUUCCAUUGGGAUAUCUGCCCCCCGAGCGUCUCAUUGUCGCUGAUUCAUGUGCUGUAGAGACACCCACCUUUAGCACAUCUAUGCAAUUUCCAUCGGGACAUUCACCCCUCGAGCACUUCGAUUUUGCCGAUCCAGUCCUUCCAUAUGCUAUGGAGAUGCCUACCUUUAGCACGCCUGCGCCAGGUUUGGAUUGCACUGAUUUUACAAAUAGUGACUUCAACUUCUACGACCAAUCCACUGGCUAUUCUGCGAGCGGUGUUGACGAGCAACUCACUCUAGAGGAAACAAAUGAAAUACAACUUGAGCUGGUCUUCGAUGAGCAACCACAGGUCGUGCCUCCCAGCCUAGAGUGGAGAGACUCCAUCAGUACUGUGGACGGGGUGAAACACACACAAAUAUUUCGUUUCAUGAGGAGGUCACCCUGGAAUCGAAUCAUUACACUCACAAAGUGCCUGUUUGUUGGCGGUUUGUGGACAGGAGCUUCUGGAAACCCGUUUCGAAUUUCUGUGACAAACACACGAUGUUUGAUAACGAAUUGUUUUCUCACUAGUUUAGACAUGGCUCAAAAGACCUACGAGGCCAUGGAGUCCCAACCAGUGAUCAUGAAGAUCUCAAAGACCGAAACCGUGUCUGUCGGAUGGCCUGUGCUUCACUUAAGUCUGGCCAAGUUGUUCUCCAGUGCUAAAUCGGACCUAGGAAAAGUCCUGAAAGGUGCGAUGUCAGCACACCCCAACUUUGCCACCAAGAUGAGCCAGAAGGCUAUCUCCUUCGUUCUGAUGUUUAACUCAGGCAAAUCCUCUCAGGUCCAGCAAGCAAUUUCAGACCUCAUAAGUCACCAGAUAUUUCGAGAAGUUCUGUGGGCAUCCCUUUUGUAUCCCAUUGAAGGGUUAUCAGAUGGAAAACGCGAUGGAAGGAUCGGCAACCUUUUUCCAGAAGAGUCUUUCCUCCCUUUAUCCUUUUGUAUCAAAUUAACAGAAGUUGUGUCAAUAUAUCAGAUUUACCAUACUCUACUUCUCAUCAUGAAGGAUGGAAAGAAGAAGAGGAAGAACAAGACCAAGAUCGAGGCCGAGGCCGGGGUUGGGAACAAAGUUGAGGCUGAGGUCGAGGUCGAGGUCGAGGUCGAGGUGGAUGCCGAUAUUGACAUCGCGAAUAUCCUGGAACCAGCACCGAUGAAUGACAUUAUCAUGACGGCUCUGGACCAUAUGUAUGACCAACCACACAUGUUUCCAGCGUUCUCGGAGGCCGUGAGGAGUCUCCCCUUCAUAAUGAGUACUAAUGUUCUGCAGAUCGCCACAAAGUUGCGACAUGCGAAAAGCACUAUCUCUGACACCACUGGUGACAGGCGAAUGAACUUGGAAGACAUUCAGCCUAUCAUUAUUCAGCCAAUCCCCACUGGUCAGUUUGGCGCGCUUCCCAAUGGUGACGGCUUCAGUUCCCCGAGGUCUCUGAGAGUUAUAUGGGACUUGCCUAUUUCAUUAUUCACACACAAGUAG